AUGAGCUAUUCUUGCACCAGCCGGGGCAACAGCCAGGACCCGUCGAGCGCCAAGGAGCCUGCCGCUGAUAAUCCGGCCAGAGACGCCGGCGGAGACGCGGACAGCGGCGGCAGAGACGGCCCGAGGCGCACGGCGGCGAUGAGGGUGAAGAAGGGAUGCAACUCGACCGACGUGGGGGUCCCGAUGACCACGGAGGAGGACCUGCUGGCCAGCGCGGUGGUCAGCCCGGAGGAUGUGCUGGGUCUGCAGAGGAUCACACAGGAUUAUCUGUGCAGCCCGGACGAGAACAUUUACAAAAUCGACUUCACCAGGUUCAAGAUCAGAGACAUAGAGACGAGCACGGUGCUGUUCGAAAUCACCAAACCUCCCACAGAUAAAUCAGGGGAGAAGAGGGACAUCGACCCAAACGCCGGCCGGUUUGUCCGUUACCAGUUCACCCCGGCUUUCCUCCGGCUGCGGCAAGUUGGAGCCACCGUUGAGUUCACAGUCGGAGAUUUGCCCAUAGAAAACUUCAGGAUGAUCGAGAGACAUUAUUUCAGAGAGAAGCUGCUCAAGAGCUUCGACUUUGAGUUUGGCUUCUGCAUGCCGAGCAGCAAGAACACCUGCGAACACAUCUACGAGUUCCCUCCUCUGUCCGAGGACGUCAUCAGGGAGAUGAUCCUGCACCCGUACGAGACGCAGUCCGACAGCUUCUACUUUGUGGACAAUAAGCUGGUGAUGCACAACAAGGCAGACUACUCGUACAACGGUGGCACGUAGAGGCGACACACACUCACCGACGCGAGACAGAUGGACGCACGGACGGUCCUGAGGGAGGAUCAGAGUAAACUGACAGUUUCUCCAAUCGUCUCUCCUGCUCCGUCUCUGUCGCCCUCUCAGAGAAUUCCACAGAGGAAACACCCAUUCGAAUGUGUCAGUUGAAUUGUGAGUUGAGUUUGUCCGAGGCCUAAAAAGAAGUGCGCACAAACACACACAUAGUGCACGGCUCGGUGCGACGUGUGUGUUUGUAACAAAGUGAGAAACAUCAGAGGAGUUUUGCUCUUUAGCCACGUCAUGAAGCAUAAAACUGGAAAAACUCUGUAUCUUGAAAUAUUUAUAGAAAUUAUUUGUUUCAUUGAUGUACAUGUUAGAAACAAAUCCUCCAAAAAUGUGUUUUUUUAGUUUCAACAAGUUUGUGUGUGUGGCUGUGUGUGUGUGUGUGUGUGUGUGUGUGGGUGUGUGUGUGUGUGUGAGUGUACUAGAGCUGGGUCGAUUUCUGGUUUUGGUUUGUGAUCAUGACAGGUUCUGGCAAAUUAAAAAUUAACCUACACCAGCAAACUGUGCAGACAGCCUUUCAACCACCGUUAAUCCUGAAAAGUAGGACAACAUAAUAAGUAACACUUGAAUGGUGGAGGGCACACCUCCUCCAAUUAGUCCCCUUAUGAAACCACAUUUAGAUUCUCUAGCACCAGAUGUCACACACUCAUAAAUAUCAGAAGGUGAGAAGUGUAAACACAUCCAGGACGUAAAGCCAGAGUAGUGAGACGCUCAGUUUUCAUGAUUCAGUCUCAUUUAACAGCUUUUUAACGACUGUAUUAUAGUUAAUAAAUAAAAUGAGAGGCCUCCGAUGAAAAACUAAUAACAUGUGUGGAAGUGAAUAAACUUAUUCUGUAUUCAUCUUUCUAUCUAGUGUCUAUUAUGGUUUUGACCAUGUUGGAAUCUUUGUGUUCCAAGUAGCCUCUGCUGGAUCAAGUGCAACACCUAAUGGUAAAAGUCGUUACACCGGUCUGGUGUGAAUUUGGCUCAUUGUUUCAAAUCGGUUGUUUGGUUUUUACAGAGGCCCAACCCUACUGCACAGUGUGUGUGUGUGUUUGUGUGUGUGUGUGUGUGUGCGUCUGAAGUCUGAUUACUGUGUGUGGUAGCAAUAUAUGAACUUAAAUGUCAGUUGUGUGGUCAUCAGGUUUAAAAAGGUCUAAAUAGAUACCAAUCUGUUAGCACAUUUUCUCCAGCAGACAGUAAAUUAGCUAUUAGUUCAUAUUUCCUUUUUAGGUCUGUUCUUUAUUUCUUAUUUCUCAAGUCGCUGUGUUGACCGUGUGGGGACCAAGCGUUUGUGUUUACUGUCACUGUUCAAAGCACAGCGACUCUCUUGAGCCACAUCGUCCAAGUUAACAUAUCGCCUUUCAGGAACUUUACAAGAAAAGAAAAUGUAGCAGAAGACUCUCAGAGAACAAAUCACCCCCAGAUGUAUAGAUAUUUAUUUAUAUUGUGUGUGAUGUAAGGUCGGUCUCUACUUUAAUUCUUGUGUCAUUUGUCAAUUUUCUCAUUUUUUGUGUUGUUUCUGCCUCUCAUACGUCAUUUUCGGUCAGGAAUCGUUCCUGGUACUUUUUUACCGGAGUGUUUUGAUCUGCUGUUAUUUGAGGGCAGUUAUUUAUUAAUCACCUUCACAUCAUAAAGAAAAUCAGUAACUUAACUACCAAACCCAUUGCACGCACAUUGCAAAUAGCUUACAAAAAACAUAUUUUCCCACUAUUACUUGAAUGCGCCUGUUUGAUUCAUUCAUGUGUUCAAAGUUAAUAAAGUCGAAUCAAGGGUUGGAGACACAUUAGCAGCAAGAAGUAGUGAAACAGGCAGCAGGGAACUCAGGUUGGCUCGGGUCCACUUGAAUGUGCAGCAGACGUAUUUAUGACCUACUUUGACUUGUGUAAAUAUUUUGAACCGAGGUCAAGUUUUUGACGAAUCAAACGUUGGUGAGAUGAAUUAAAAAAUAAACAAAGAUUUAUGGGUCUUUUUGGAAA